AUGAUAGAAAAACUAAGCAGCACACCAACAGUUCCAGACCAGCCUUUCCAAAGCGGUAUUACCCACACCUCCAUAAUUGAGACCAAAGAAGGGGGAAGAAUUAUUGUGGAAGUUGAUGGCAAAGUGGCAAAAAUCAGGAAUUUAAAGGUGGACAGUCGACUGGACAGCUUUGGUGACUCCCGAGAGAAGAUUGUGGCAUUUGGCUUUGAUUACUGCUACUGGUCAGUCAACCCAGAGGACCCCCAGUAUGCUUCUCAGGAUGUGGUGUUCCAGGACUUGGGGACUGAAGUACUGUCUGGAGCUGCCAAAGGCUACAACAUUUGCCUUUUUGCCUAUGGACAGACAGGCUCUGGGAAGACAUACACCAUGCUGGGGACCCCAGCUUCUGUUGGAUUGACACCACGGAUAUGUGAGGGUCUGUUCAUCGGGGAGGAAGACCAUGGCCCACCGCCUUCCUCCUGUAGGAUAAAAGUAAGUUUCCUAGAAAUCUAUAAUGAACGUGUGCGGGAUCUGCUGAAGCAAUCUGACCCCAAAAGGUCCUAUACCCUGCGCGUCAGGGAGCACCCAGAGAUGGGGCCCUAUGUACAAGGUUUAUCUCAACAUGUAGUUACCAACUAUAACCAAGUAAUUCAACUCUUGGAGGAGGGAAUAGCAAACAGAAUCACAGCAGCCACCCAUGUUCACGAGGCAAGCAGCAGAUCCCACGCCAUCUUCACAAUCCACUACGCACAGGCAAUCCUGGAAAACAACCUCCCCUCGGAAAUUGCUAGCAAGAUCAACCUUGUGGACCUAGCGGGCAGUGAAAGAGCAGAUCCCAGUUACUGUAAGGACCGGAUCACUGAAGGAGCCAAUAUCAACAAGUCUCUCGUGACCCUGGGAAUUGUCAUCUCCACCUUAGCCCAGAACUCUCAAGUAUUCAGCAGUUGCCAGAGCCUCAACAGCACAGCCAGUGACGGUGGUGACAGUGGGAUCCCUAGCUCUCCUCUGGGGACCAGCAGUGGAGGGGGGCCCUCACGGAGGCAGUCUUACAUCCCCUACCGGGACUCUGUGUUGACCUGGCUGCUGAAGGACAGCCUUGGAGGCAACUCCAAGACCAUCAUGGUGGCCACUGUGUCUCCUGCACACACUAGCUACAGUGAGACCCUGAGCACUCUGAGAUAUGCAUCCAACGCCAAAAACAUCAUCAAUAAGCCACGGGUCAAUGAGGAUGCAAAUGUAAAGCUGAUCAGAGAACUCAGGGAAGAGAUUAGAAGACUGAAGACCAUGCUGCUGAGCUUUGAGCUGAGAAACUUCAGUCCAUUGAAUGAAGAAAAAGAUGAAAAUCUGAAGGAGCUGGUUCUCCAAAAUGAAUCGAAGAUCGACCAGCUAACUAAAGACUGGACCCGGAAAUGGAAUGAGUGGAAGGCCCUCUUGGAGCAGUACAGAGUGGACAUCAACAGGAGGAGGGCCGGGGUGGUCAUUGACUCCAGCCUGCCACACCUCAUGGCUUUGGAGGAUGAUGUGCUAAGCACAGGUGUUGUGCUCUAUCACCUUAAGGAGGGGACAACAAAAAUAGGAAGAAUUGACUCAGACCAGGAACAGGAUAUUGUCCUGCAGGGGCAGUGGAUCGAGAGAGACCAUUGUACCAUCACCAGUGCCUGUGGGGUAGUGGUCCUGCGGCCAGCCCAGGGAGCCCGCUGCACAGUCAAUGGCCGGGAGGUCACUGCCUCCUGUCGUCUGACCCAAGGAGCUGUGAUAACCCUGGGGAAAGCACAGAAGUUCCGAUUCAACCACCCAGCAGAGGCCGCUGUCUUGCGGGAGAGAAGGCAGGCUGGAGAGGCUGUCAGUGGCAGUGGCUCUUUGGAAUGGCUGGACUUGGACAGAGAUGCUGCUGCCUGCCGCCUGGGUCUGUGUCCUUCACUUUGGAAGGAAAGGAGACUGCUGGAGGAGCAGAGUGACCAGCACCAACUGCCCAAGGCUGGAGAAGCACCCCACAGAGCCCAGAUUCAGCAGCAGCAGUGUUCUGUGGGGGACCUGAGGCAGCGACUCGCAGCAGGACAGGUUAGAGCCCAGCAGGAUCUGGAGUUGGACCAAGCACGCACCAGCCAGCCGGUCCCCGCCAACCAGCAGUGGCUCAGAGAAGAGACCUGGCCAGCCAGUUCGCAGCGGCAGCAACAGCAAGACCAUGUAGCAGGGAAAGAGCUUGGGGCCCCCGGGCCACCUGAUGCUUGGCUUCCAGCAGGACCUGACAUUCGACCAUCCCCACCGGUCCGAAGGCAGAAGAGGGUGGUGCAGCCACCACUCCUGCCAAGACGCGCUCUUCGGGCGGCAGAGCGGAAGGGCCAGAGAAGGAAGGUCUCUUUCCAGCUGGAGAGAAUCCUCAGGAGGCAGAGGCUGCUGGAGGCCCGGAGGAGACUGGAGCAGCUCCAGGCCUUGCACUGGCUCCAGGAUGACCACACCCAAGGACGCCCAUGCCCGGCCCCAUGCCCUGGCGGCGUGGGCCCAGAACCUCAGUGUAGCAGCGAGUCGACUAGCUGUGGCUCUCUGAGCCUCCGGGGGCUCUGCAGCCGCUGUUUUCCUUCUCUCCACAGGGUUUACCUGAAUUGGAGUCCCUCCACCACAUUGCCUUCCCCUACUCACCAAACAGCAGAGAAAACCUCAUCAGAAGAGCCCUUGCCCCAGGCUGCUUUUUACCCUCCAAGGACAAGGCAUUUCCCUAAGCAUGCCCUCUGUUCCUCAGGCCAGGAGCAGCUCUGCAUAGUUCGGGGAGCCCUGGGCAGGAAAGGGACCUCCGUUCCAGUCACCUGCCUCACUGAGCUCUCUAAUUCGGCCAGCAUCCUGGAAAUGGAGAGGGGAGGUAAACCGCCCCGUCGGAUGGUGCCCCAGAGUUCAGCAUUUCUGAACCAGUCAACUAGCAAGCUAAAAACAAGAGAUGAGCCAGAUGCCCUCACUCCUUCCACGCAGCCCAGGAGGGCAAAGGGACUCACAGACUCUGGACACAUACCUGCAGGGUGGCGGAAAGAAGGAUCCCCUGGGGCCCACAAGAGUGCUAAGGGAACUGGCUGUGGUUCGUCACAUCCUCCUGCACCCAGACAGACAGCAGGGCGUGGGAGGGCAGCCAAGACUGCCUGGUCAGAUUCCAAACCACCUCUAAGGAGGGCAUCAAAAAGGCAGCAGAUGGUGCAGGCAGCUAGGGUCAGAGAUGUUGCCAAGAAGGCCUCUCGUUUGCCUCGCGGCAUUCCUUUGCGGAGACGACACAGUACAAAGGACCCAGACACCACAUCCUCACUUGCGGAUUUUAGCCCAGGAGUGGAUCAUGCAAGAGAAAAAGAUGGUGAUUUAGGUGAUUUAUCUGAUGCAGAUAGCAGUUACUCCGCAGAUUCUCUCUCAUGUAUUCGUACCAAAGGCCUGACAGAGCCCCUGAAGCCAGAGGAGCCCCAGGGAAAGAAGCAGGAGAAGCAGGAGCACCGAGAGGCAGAGAACACGGAAAGUGACGAUAGUCAAAUAUCUGAGGACUCGCUGGCUGAGAAGGGGUACCAAAACCCACAAGACGGCCCAAGGGGCAAUUAUCUUACCAAGCCCCAAGGCCACCCCAGGACCAGAGCACGAGCCUCCCUAAGGGACUUCAGCACAUCCUCAGAAAGUGGACUAGUCAUCCAAACUCACAGGAGCUUCUCCCUGGAUAGCCUGAUUGAUGCUGAGGAAGAACUGGGAGAUCAGCAUGAAGAAGAGUCUGUCUUUGGAGCUUCCGAUGAGAUGCCCACAGAGACGUUUUGGCGCCUGCAGACUCCCAGUCUGCCUGUAGUGGACCAAGAGGCAAUAUACAGGUGUGGCCCCGUCAGCCACAGAGCAAAAAGCAAGCUAGAAGACAGCCCACCAAGGAGCAGUUCAUUUUACCUCGAGCCCUGGCCCUGCCGUGAGCAGCCUGAGUCGGAGGUGAUGGGGGACUCUGAACAAGUCGACAGUCUCCAGGCCACGCAGCUUUCAAGAGGAAGCCCUCUGGUGUCCAUGGAUUCCUGGUUUUCCUGCGACUCCAAGAUCAACCCUAGUAGCCCUCUGGAGAUAGUGGGUUCUUUAUGUCCAAGUCCUGCUGUGCAGGAAUUGCAGCAUUCUGGUUGGGAGAGACCUGGCUACUGGCUAAAUAUGGAAGAACCAAAGCCUUCAGCUACAGAGGCGGCCCUGCCCCCUGGCUCUCAACGACCCCAGGGCAGUCCUGAGCUGCCCCGUGGUGUGAGAAGCAUGUACACAAUGCCUGCUUCAGAUACGUCCAGGUUGUCACUGAGUCUGUCUCACAAGCUGCCUCAUCCAGAAGCUGAUGGCACCUUUCAGGCCAGAGGCACCUGUGACUUGGCCCAACAUGCCACCUCCGAGGCAUCCAGUAAUUCUAGUGUAUUCAGUGUAUUGACUGCUUCUGCCAACUCAUUCACUCAUGUAGGCAGAGCUUGUGAAAGCGACUGGGCUGUCCUACAGCAAAAGUACCUCCUUGAACUGUCUCACCCUGUUCUGGAGGCCAAAGGAGAGUCCAGGCCAGCUUUCUCCUCCCUUGAGGAGGACUCAGGCCCCCUGACCCUAAGAGAAGACACUCUAUUACCUGGGCCAAGCAACAGCCUGCAUUUCAGACCUCCUAUCCAGCUAGCCAAAAUUAGGCGUUUAAGAGCAGAAAAAGAACAGGACAGUUUGAGUAUCGAAUUAGAAAGUACUGUAGAUUUCUUCACAACUAGUGAGAAAGAGGUGAGUUUCUGUGGGAAUUACUCAGCAGACAUAGAAUCACUGGCUUCUGGAGCUACAGGUGCACACUUUGUAGCAGAAAAGAUAGUAAAUCCCACGACAGACGCAUGUGAAGUCCAAAAGAACGUGGAAGAGUGUUCUGGGGGAAGCAGGAACCCCGAAGCAAUGACUUCUUCUGAUGAAUGUUUCUCCUUGAACUCCAGAAACAGUAAUGUCACCAUUGCUGCUGAAGGUGGCCGUUGGCCCCAAGGCCGGGCUCCUCUCAGGAAGAAUAAUGCAGUACAGACUGGGCCAUUAAGCCUCGGCAGCCACCAGCCCCUGAAGGAAGGGAAGGUAGAUGACGAGGAGAGCUCCAAGGAAGUGGCCAAAGGACACAGAGAUGUUGCCUUUGGCUGUCCGUCAGGUCCCGAGCUGUACCUCCACUCAGCUCCCUGGAAUCCGGUCCCAUCUUCCCUGCAGCCACCUGCCUUGGAAACCUUCUAUGUGACCAAAAGCCGGGACGCCCUGACAGAAACUGCCUUAGAGAUCCCGGCUUGCAGAGAAGCCAGAGUGCCCUCCCCACCCCCCAGGGAGGCCUGGGUCUUUGGUCGUGACUGCCAGCUCCUCAAAAAUGCUUAUUUGAAGAAGAAUUUCCCACAGCUCUUACAAAACCAGAAUCCCAGGAGGUCCUUGACACAGCAGGUUGCAGCAGAGGGACCAGAUGAUCCAGUUGCCAAAGAAGUUAGUAGAGAAAUGGAAAAAUGUUCUGGAAAUGUUAAAGAGGGAAGCUAUAAUUCCUUUUAUAUUUUUGUUGCUCAGAAUAGACACAUUAUCCCAUCUACCAGCACAAAAGUGUGUGAAUUUGAAAACCCAGUUGGGAUUUUAAAUAAACGCAGUCUUCCCUCAUUCAAGGAGGAAGAAAAGGCCACCAUGCAGUCCCCUUGCAGUGUUUCCGCAGCCAGUCCUGGAUCUAGGAAGCCUCUCUUCCGCUGCGAAACGGAAGAGACGGGUGAGGAAGGACAGAGUCCAAAUGCAAUGCCGAGGCACAACCAGGCCUUUGAUACAAACAGGCAGUUUCCUUCUGGGACCAGGUCUGAUUUCAUCUCGAAGUCUGCUAAUUUAGGCCAUGACAAACUAGGAGAAGUGGCUGUUCCUUUGAAACCCAAGUCAGUACAUCAUCGAGUAAGCAGCCCAGAGACAGUGGCCCAAAAUGAGAGUCCAACCCACGAGGGUGAGGGGAAGAAUGGAACUGGGCCUCUUGGAAAAGCUCUUCGUCCUAACGGUGGCUCAGGAGAGUUUAUACUUCCAGGGACUGAGUCUACAUGUGAAAGAUUCCUGUCAGUUGCAUGCCCUCAGGAAAGGAACCCUAGUGAUUAUAAGGGCCCUGAAAAAUCACAGGAAAUAUUUAGUCCCAAAGAAGAGCCUUGUAGAAAGAAGCAGAAUGAUGAUGAAAUGGCUAGGUUGAUCAAGAGUGUAAUGCGUCUGGAAAAUGACAUCCUGGAAAUGGAAUCCAAGCAGAAUAAGCAGCUGUGUGCUUCCCACACACCCAGAGUCAGUAAGGAGUUUAUGUUCCAGGACCAGGAGAUGGCUGGCCUUGUCCUGAUGCCAGGCAGUUCUAAAAGCCAUUUGUCCUUCAUGGGUCAACCAUCUUCUCCAAAACAGACAGAUGGUGUUACCUUCAGGGCUAGUGAUGCUGGCAAAAUAGAGGUUAACCGUAGCACUGAAGAAGAGUCCCAGAUCCAGAAAAUGACCCCAACUUCCAUCAAAUCAUGGAAAUAUGUAGACCAAGCUGCAUUUGCAAGAGAGCGCACCCAGCCAGCCCUAUUGGACAGGCCUGCCGGGGACUCUGGCGGUCACCGAGGGACCUGUACAGCUCGCAGAGAGCCCAGCAGCACUUCUCCUAAGCCCAGGAGGACCACAGCAUUGCCUGUAGCUCUGCUAGCACAGCCCGGGCCCGAGAGGUCUUCUGAAGAGGAAAACAAGGGGCCGCCUUACGGCUUGGGAAGUCCUGAGGAGCUGGAAAGAGCAGAAGGUUUUCAGGAAAGCCAAGCUGCUGAGCACGUAAUCAGGUCUGAGCAAGAUCCACCAGAUCAAGGCAGAGUUGAAAUGACUGUGCAGAGAGGCAGAAGCCCACAGGAGGAAAGCAAAAUGGUCUCAUCCACACAGAGUCUUGGUAGUCAAAGCCAGUGUGGUGGAGGCACACCUUUCAGCCUGGAGAGUGACCCACUGCCCAGCUGGCCAGACUCUUGUGCGAUUCCUCCUCACCAUGAGCUGAGCGGUACUUUGCCCUGGAGUUCUCCAAGCCUUCCAGGAAGCUUUCUUAAUGCACCUGGUAGUAUCGGAAGCUCUUCAGUGGACGAUAUGCUGGGACUGGAUCCCAUGGUGUUGAAAAUUCUUAACCGCACCUUGGUAACUGGUGUGGGGCAUCAGGACCGGAGUGGAGAGACGGGAAGCCAAGGCCUGCAGGGAGACGUUAGCGGCAGCUCCUCAGUAGCACGCUCUGCUUGCUGGGAGUCUGCAGUCUCCACAGCAGUGGGGUCUUACAGUCAGUCUAGUGUACCAGAGAGCUCUCCCCAGGGGUCAGAUAGCCGGACAUCAAGCACUAGCUACGAAGCCCAAGGAGCGAACUUCACGAGCCCCUCAGUGGGCUUGGAGUCCAGGGUGUGUUCUACCUCUGAGGCAGCUGUGCAGAGAGAGACCAGCUCCCUGACCAGGGUCUCUAGCCAGCUUGAAACGCAGGCCAGCUCCCUCUCAGAAGAGGGUAACCAAGGCAGAGAUGUGCAGCAAAAGCCAGAGGAGGCCAAGGACUUCAAUCCUACCAGUGGCGUUUUCUCAACGCCCGUGUCCCCGCCAGGCGUAGCUAAUGCAGAGCCCUCUGCUCAUCAUACAUGCACAGGCCUGGCUGUGUUGGGAGAGACCAGACAGGCAAAGGCCCCAAAAAAGCAGCGUAGGGACUCUGUGGCCAGGGGCCCAGUCUUUCCUUACUAUGAGACAUUAGAACCUGAACGUUCUUCAGAGGCCCCUGGCAGGCCUCCCAGCCCACAAGUGAACCAGCCAGUGUCGCACAGGACCAGGAGUGAGGGUGAUGCGGAAGGAUUUCAUGUGACAUGUCUCCCUGCUGAACCAGGACACAUGACGACUGAUGACGGCAAAGUUCUUCAGUUUGCACCCUUCUCUGUAGACAGCUUCCAACCUCUGCCCCCCACUGAAGCUAACACUGCGCGCUGGCACCCCUCACGGGCUGCUCCCCACACUGGCCCCGCUCUAGGCAAAAGCCUUCAUACUGGAGAGCUGGGACGUUUCCUGGGUGCAAGUGAACAGUUCCCAUGCCACUGUAGCUCUUCUGAAACCAAAGAGAAAAACAAAACAGCAAGCAGAACGCCUUCUCCUGCUGGUCCUUUGGGCUCAGACAGUCUUGCUUCAGCAGCAGCUGUAGAUGAGGACGGGAAGCUAAUACCAGAGACAGCGGGGGCUGACACAUCUUCUCGGGCCCCUUUUGAUGAGCCUGUGGUGAUGCCACGUGGACAUAGCCCAUUAGCUCUGCGGGACACUGCAGAGUCACCUGGCAGUCAGGAAAGCCAGCCAGCACACCAAGCACCCAGAAUGCUAGAAACCACGUGUAGAAGUUUACCGGGUAGCUUCUUAGUUGCACAGAAAGAGAAAACAACCUAUUUUGGAAGUCCACUUGUGAUCCAUGAUGAGAAUUCUGCAAGUCUCUCAGGGCCUAACCAUGACCAGGUCCAAAGUCUUGAGGCUGCUGCCAACUUAGAAGAGAAAGCAAGCCCCAAACAAGGAGUCCUAAAAAGGAUGGAACGUGAAACUCCCUCGCUACCCUCUGUGAAAUGGAAGGGGAGUGUUGGCUCUGGGCUGGCAGAAGCCUGCAAACAUCCCAGGUCAACUCCGUUGCUAGAUCAAGGACCUAGCCCCGAUCCUGGGGGAGUUAGGGAGGAGGCCCCCUACAGAUGCCCACAAGAAACUCGAGCUUGUGUUGCCGGCUCAGGAAAGAGUGAAGGCAGCGGGACUCCCAGCCCAUCUAGAGGUCAAGAAGAUGGCAGAACUCUUCCUUGUCAGCAACCAGGCAGUCCUCAACCCUUUGCAAAUGCCUGGCCCUCCCCCGCCUCAACUUCACUGUACUGUAGAGAUAGCAACCCGGGGAAGGGAAUUUCCCAGGAAACCUCACAUACUUUCCACCCUGCCCACACUAUACCUUCCAGGGCCUGUGGAGUGGCUGAGAGAGGACAGAGCUAUUCCAGGGACCCUGACAUCUUGGCACAUGGCCUUGAGCUCAAGGGCCUUCGUGAGGAAUUUGGACCAGCAGACAGCAGCAUUCUGGAACUCUCUGCUAAUGCUGCUGUCCAAUCUCAGGGUCAAGGCAACGGCUCACUUUUUGUCCCUGGUGUGAGGACGAGUUCCCUCAGCCACUCAGUUGCUGGUGGAAGCUCAGGGUCAGGAGGAGGACCUGAGAGAGAGGUUUCCGAGGUGAACGCCGAUACAGAGCCUGAGGCUACCCCUUUCCCUGCAGACAGGUCCUUUGAGCCACCGAGGAGUUCCCGAGGUGGCCAGAAUAGCCAGUUGUCUCAGACUGAGCCGAAACCACCUACAGCAACUGGGAAACCACACACCCUGAGUUCCAAUGAAGAGUCUCUUGUGAAUGAGCUGGUGGCAGAACCAUACUAUGGAUAUUUAGAAAAUGCCAUCAGACACCUUCUAGAAAAGCCACAACUUUACACCAAGUCCAGAAGCCUCGGGGGGUUGGAACCCCGAACUAAGUUGGUAGAACAGUUAAAAUACACCCCUGGGCCCCAGGUCGAUAGUCCCUGGGAGGAGGAAGAACAGCAGAGAGACCAGGCCUCAGUUGAUGGUACGCAAGACAGGAGUCUCCCACCUUCUGGUGAAAGUGAUAUAGAUGACUUCAGCACCACUCAGAUUAGAAGUGUGGGCAGAGGGAAGGCAGCUACAGUCAAAUCCCCUGGGUCCAGGACAUUAGCAUCAUCCAUGUCCUUGGAGCAAAGUGGAGGGCCACACUUUGCUGCUCAGAGCCUUGGCCAGCCCCCAAGCAGGGCCCACAGGCAGUCACUUCCUGUGAUUGCAAUCUCUGCUGACCCCAAAUAUCUCAAGUCGUCUCCCAGACCGCAGUUCUCAGUGGUCAGCUCCUCCCGCUCUCUUCAGGAACUAAACUUGAGUGUGGAGCCCCCUUCCCCAACAGAUGAGGAGAUACACGAGCCUGAGAAAUUGUGGCCACUGUAUCCCAGGGACUGUUGCUCGGGCAAGUCAGCAGUGAGAGCAUCUGUGGACGCUGAGGACGGCAAUCUGCAAGUCUCGUCGAACGUGGACAGUAGCACUGCUGAUCACAGGCCCCUGCAACCUGCCAGCCCUCCUUACCCAACUGAUCACAGGCCCCUGCAACCUGCCAGCCCUCCUUACCCAACUUCAUCGACGCUCUCCUGCAUGCCAACGCCUGAUUUCAUGACCCCGACUUCUCUGGAACAGGCCCAGCAGGGAAAGCCAGAGAGAGUGGGUGGCCAGACCAGGCCAGAGAAGCAGCACUCCAAGGUGGGCAAAGCAGUGUUGCACUUUGGCUCCAGUGAUAUCAAUCCCUAUGUCCUGCACAGGCACCCAGAGGCGCCAGUGCGCAUUGGCUGGAAGCAGUAUGUAUUCGGCAGUGCCGUCGAUGUCUCGUCCAGCCAGGUGCCCCAGGGCCCCGUGCCACCAAAGGUGGCCCGGUGCUCCAGCGUGGACCAGGGCUUAGAAGAGCAGAACUCCCCGUUCCACUCCCACCUCAGCACCUAUGCCAAUGCCCGCGGCCUGUCGAGCACAUGCAGCAGCGUUGAAAAUGCCCAGGAUUCGCAGGAGUCCUGGGAAGUAUGGGGUUCCUCACUGGCCUUGGGGCACCCUUACGUCCUGGCUGGCCCCAGAGGAGCAGCUCCUACUAAGGGUCCUGAACAGAGGGCCCAGUUCCUCGGCCCCCCUAAUGGAAUAGAGACUCUGGGCAGUGAGCCCCCUGCGGCUGAAGAAAGUGCGGUAGGGCCAGUGGACGAGAUUGUGCUGCUGUAUCCGUCUGAGGCGGGCAGCACCCCGGGACAGGCCAGGAUAAACACCUUGGAGCAGGGCACGCAGACCCUGGGCAGCAGGCUGCAUUGGAGCUACAGUGACGUCCCUGCUCAGCUGGCAGCCUCUGACCUGGCCUCUUGGACCAGCAUGCGCAACCUGUCUGUGCACCUCUCACAGCUCCUGCACAGCACGUCGGAGCUGCUCGGGAGUCUGUCGCAGCCCAGCGUGGCCACAAAGGAGCUGGAUGCCAAGAGGGAGACUCCUGGUGAGGCGCCCCCUGUCCUGAAGAUGGAUGGCUGCACUCAGACCACCAUAGAUGAGGGCGUCCAGACCAACCUGGCCCCGUCACCUCUGCCCUCCUUGAAUCCGGAGGCCAGCCCUCAGCAGGUCAAUGCGGUCCGAAAAGCGCCGGGCUCAGAUGUCUCAAGCCCAAGCUGGCAAGAAAAGGAACAUGGCCCAGAGACUCUUCAGAAGAGAGAGGCAGAGGAGACAGUGUGGAAAGGGACAGCGCCCCCAGAUCUUCAGAAAGCAAGCCCCCACUGCCCCUCCCAGAGCCCUCCAGUAUCCUUGUCCCACUUGCGACUUCAGAAAGCCCCCUUUGAGCAGAACAGCACUUCUGUGAGCCCCCGGGCUUCUCCGGACGCCUCCCUGCCUGCCGGCUCCCAGUCAGAGGAACUGUCCCACCUGGCUGUCCACAGCCCCGACUCUCGGUCCCCUGGAUUCUGCCCCAGUAAUGUGGAGUCUUCCGGGGAACCUAAGGUCCAGAGGGAGCCAGGCCACAUGAGUGCCUUGUUGGUGGACAGGGCCUCCUCCCCAAUCCUCACGCUUAGUGCCAGUGUCCAAGGGACAGGGCUCCCCCCCAGCUCUUUGUCUCUCUCACCCCCCUCAGCUCAUGCUCUUGAAGGCUGCCAGAAGCUUGUCUCCAACCCAGACCUUCCCCAGGAUGCCCCUGGAGCUCCAGUGGAUGAUUAUUAUCAAAGUACUAGUGAACCAGGUGGCUCCCAGAAAGUGGAGGCUCUCCACGGAGAAGGCAAAAGUCCCUCAGAAAGGAGUGAUAGUAGGCCCCUCCUUGAGGUAAGCGCCUCGGACAGCCCAGAGCAGAGCCCCAAACUCCAGGUUCGGUUCUUAGAUGAGCUCCCUGAGCAGCUUCCGUCCAGGAACAACACCUGUGUCCAAAGCGGAUUGCCACUUCCGCCCCCGAGGAGCAGGAGGCAGAGGCUGGCCGAUGGCUUCGUGCCCGAGGACGUGGCUUUCCCUGAGUGUGGGCAACUGGACACUGGGGGACCAAGUCGGUGGCCAAAUCGGACAGAAAAUGGGAGUGAGACUGCUCCCCCGGAACCACCACGCACACUGGACUUUCCCUCUUCGUGGGGAGCCCCCCAGCACCUCAGCCCCCGCCCUGGCUCUGACCUGACUGAUACUGUGGGGCUCCAGGCGCCCACCUUGGACACACCUGAGGCCUGCCAGUCUGGGGGGCUGCUGCACUCUAGUUCUGAGGCAUGCACGGUCCCAGAGCCCCAGCACCACAGCCUCAGGGACCUUCCGGUGCACAACAAAUUUAGUAAUUGGUGUGGGGUUCAGGAUGACUCUCCUGGGGGGCUGGGUGUGAGGGAGCUGCUGGGGACCAGAUGUGAUCUCAGCUCUGGAGAACAUGGAGGACUAAGGUCUCCCCACGUGCCUGACAGACAGAGCCUGGAUCCUGAGUGGUCCAGGAGGGAGAAGAUCCCCCUGCAAGUUGGGGUCCAGAACUUCUCACUGAGCACAGAACUCACAGAAGCCAAACUGCACCACGGCUUCGGGGAGGCAGACGCCCUGUUGCAGGUGCUGCAGAGCGGGACGGGGGAGGCCUUUGCUGCUGACGAGCCUGUGAUGUCCACCCAUGCGGAGCGUGCUGCCCGGCAAAAAGAAACCAUUGAAAUGCUUCGGAGAGAGCGGGCUGAGCGACUGCAGAAGUUCCGGCGGACGCGAAGCCUCAGCCCCCAGAAGCAGCUGAGCCCCCUGCCUGACAGGGAGAUCCCCACCCGGGAACUUGACCUACCCAGCAGGCGCCGAGAAUACCUGCAGCAACUGAGGAAGGAUGUUGUGGAGACCACCAGGAGCCUAGGAUUGGCAUCAAGGUCUUCUCACCUGCCCUCUGACAUCGAACUGCUGCUCCAAGACUACCAGCGGGCGCGUGAGGAAGCCAAGGUGGAGAUUGCCCAGGCCAGGGCCCGCCUGCGGGAACGGACUGAACAGGAGAAGCUGAGAAUCCGCCAGCAGAUCGUCUCCCAGCUACUGAGGGAAGAGGAGAAGCUGCACACCCUGGCCACUCCCAGCUCUGCGUGCGCCAGCUCCAGCGGAAGCCUCUCCUCUGGCGUCACCUCCGGCUAUAACAGCAGCCCGGCCUUGCCAAGCCAGCUCCAGUCCCCAGAUAAUGGGGACACAAACCUGCCCAACUCCAGAGACUCCUGGACAGGGGGUGUGCGGGGCCAUUCUGCAGCGAGGCCCGGUCAUCUGAAUCUGGCUGGGUCCAUCUGGAAGAACUUAGCCUACAGCAGCAGGGCCUCCCUGAGCAGCUGCUGCUGCUCUCCGUCCAGCCUGUCCAGCUUGGGGACCUCCUAUUCCUCCUCCUACCAGGACCUGGCCAAGCACAUCGUGGACAUCUCUAUGGCUGAUGUGAUGGCUGCUUGUUCAGACAACCUGCACAACCUCUUCAGUCGCCAGGCAGCAGCUGGCUGGAACUACCAGGGUGAGGAGCAGGAGGUGCAGCUCUACUACAAGGUGUUUUCUUCUACUCGGCACGGCUUCCUGGGGGCGGGCAUUGUGUCCCAGCCACUGUCGCAUGUGUGGGCAGCUGUGAGCGACCCCACCCUGUGGCCCCUGUACCACAAGCCCAUCCAGACCGCGAGGCUCCAUCAGCGGGUGACCAACAGCAUCAGCCUGGUGUAUUUGGUGUGCAACACCGCCCUGUGCGCGCUGAAACAGCCGCGGGACUUCUGUUGUGUCUGCGUGGAAGCCAAAGAGGAACACUUGUCUAUCAUGGCGGCUCAGUCUGUGUAUGACACGUCCAUGCCGAGACCCAGCAGACAGAUGGUCCGAGGUGAGAUCCUGCCCAGUGCCUGGAUCCUGCAGCCUCUCACUGUGGAAGGGAAGGAGCUCACCAGAGUCAUCUACUUGGCCCAGGUAGAACUUGGCGCUCCAGGCUUCCCCCAUCAGCUCCUAAGCUCCUUCAUCAAACAGCAGCCACUGAUUAUAGCCAAACUGGCUUCCUUCCUCGGCAGUUAGCAUCUCGCCAUCGGAAGACACUGUGGACACGCAGACCCAGGGUGCUCCAGAGAGACGCUGGGUAGUUCCUCGCUACUUUCUGUCCCCUGUGCGGAAAGCGCCAGAGUGACCUGCAGUGGCGGCUGGGCAGAGAGCACUGAGCCCCGAGUGGCCAGCCAGCCCAGUCAGUACUCAGCCACGGCUGCCGCCAUUGUAGAGCAAGGGGCUGAGCCAUCCAGACUGAAUGAAGCUCAACUCGCCUUUUUGAUUUCUCACCUUUAUUUUCUGUCCCUGGGACCCAGUGGCAGCAAGCUGGCCAGGAUGGGGCGCAGCCUGCAGAGCUGGGAGUCAGCGGAGCUCUGGUACAGAGCUUCCUGCCCUGCGGCUGGUAGGAGGCGAGCAGCCCGCAGCAAGACUCUGCGUAGGAUCUGCCUCUGGCAUUCAGCUCCAGUGUGGGACAGAGUGUUAGAAAAGACGAGACAGACAGCAGUUAAAAAACAAAAACGGCUGCCCAGACUAGAACACUGAUUCAGAAUUAUUUGCCCUUAUUGAUUAGUCACAAAAUGCUUAAUUACAUUUGCUUCCCCCUUCCCUUCCCUCAUGGGAGAGCUGUCAGUGGUGAGCAGCGGUUGCUGUGCCCUCAGGAGAGAGGGAGAAGCAGGGCGGAGGCUGCGUGUGCAGGCCUGGGGCCGGGCUGGGGUGAGGGGUCCUCGCUCCCUGAGGAGGACCCUGGCGGGCAGUCAGUGCUGGCUGUUGACGAGAGGGAUGUCAGAAAGAUGAAAAGUAGUCCUGUGGAGACGGGAGAGGAGAUGAUGGAGGUUAAGUGACUUGUCGGAAGACCUCACAGUCGUCCUCAUCUCACUCAGCCUUAGCCCAAGCUCUUAAGUGGUCGCUUGAGAAUUCCACAGUGCUGCUGUAGCCCCUUUUCUAGCACGGGGUGGAGAAUGGAUGUUUCCUUGUCUCUUAACCUGGCUGAACUUAAGCUUUGAAUACUCUGUAACAGCUUCAGUUGUGCCUAGAAUCUUAGAUGGAAGAGGACAGCCACUCGGGGAUGAAGAUGUGGAAAAAAGGUAAAGUUCUGUAUAGCACCACAGAAAUUUAUUUUUCUAGUGUUGGAGUGAUUCCUGCCCCCCUUACCUCAGAUUGUUAUUUAUAUAUUACUGAUCAAAGGUUAUUUUUAAUUGCUUUUUAAAACUUUUUAUUUUUCUGGUUAUUUUUUUGUGUGUGACACCACAUAUUUAACACCCUAUUUAUGUACUCCCAUCUCUUUAUAUAAAAAUCUCUUACUAUUGAUUGAAAAAUGUCAAGCUUCCAGAAAUCCUGCGUGUACUUUUACUUAAUGACAAAACCCCUGGGAUAGCCCAAGUGUGUCAUUUGAGCACAGUAGAACUUAGCCUAGACAUUAUGACGGCAAUAAUUGCAAUCCAGUUUUUAGAGUUGGCACACUUACUGAAUGCUUCCCAUGAGCUUGGCAUUGCUUUGCACCUACCUAACAGACUUCUACCCUCCAAAGUGGAGGGUAGAUUCCCUCAACAGUCAGUGUACCCCUGUAUGUACUUCGGCAGUGUCUCGAGGCCGUGGCGGUGUGCCCCAGGUUCCUAACUAGAGAAGCCACACACCGGCCUGUGAGUCAGCAAUCUAGAGAAUAUUAUAUGAGGCCGAUUCUAUAGCAAAGCAGAAAGUGUUAAUGAUAAUGUGGUGAAUGAACACGAUCAAGUCAGAUUUUGGGCUUGGGUAAGUGGUUUUGGUUUUGUUGUACAUCAGAAUUACCCACAGGAUUUGCUCCAUUCUGGGCUGGGCCCCCCUCCAACUUUCUGAUUCAGGAGGUCCACCUAGGGGCCCACACGUUUGUGAUCCUGAGGCUGUUGGACUGGUGACCAGUUUGAAAAUUAACUUGAGACAAUUAGUAGAGCGCAAAUAUAUAAAGUAACCUAGUUAGGUCGCUAUCUCAAUCAUCGUCAUUUUAUGCCUCAAGUCAGCUUUUAUGCUUCACGUAGGCCAGCAGCUUCUUGACCUGGGCGCCGCUAAGUUUAACUGAGCUUUAAACCAGGACUGGUUGAGGCUUAGCCCUUCUACUUGGCAUCCUUGGGGCUUCAGGCUUUCACGCCACCUGCCUGUCCUAUCUCAGGAGUGGCAUUGAAGUAUCUCAGCUUUCUGGGGCAAUGCUUCCUUCGGCCACAUCUAGUAGGUGCAGAAAGAUAACUUUUGGUUCUCAGCAUUCAGAACUUCCUGAAAUUGUUAUAGCAUAAAUUCCAUUUAAAAGACAAAGAUAAAAUCACUUCAGAUGCAUUGGUGAGAUGCAAAGUUGAAGGAGAAAUGGGAUGGGAAAGAUACUAUGUGACUGGGCGGAGCAAUGGGGACUGAAACAUUCCUAUUUUUUACUUUCUGUGCUGAUGGGCCUUAGUGGGAGUAACCAGCUUUCCUACUGUCAAGGCCCUGAGAUCAUAUACCUUUUUCCAUGGGUUGGUGACUGCUUUGACAGCUAUGAAUUUUUCCCCCAAGAAAUGUGCACACAGGAUUUUGCAAGACACUUAGGUAGGGUUCAUGGAGUAUCCUCUCCCCUGACAGUGCCAAAUAGAAAACCCGUGAGUGUUACAAGAGUGAACUUAAUGUAGACUAUCAAGGUAAUGCCUUCUCAGUCUGUGGAUCAUUGAGACACACACACAAAAAUGCUUUUUUAGUUUUGGGCCAAAACAAACACCCAGGCCAGACAAAACAAGCACAGAGGGAGCUUCCCUGCUGGAUUAGUGCAUAGGAUCUUGUGAGUAGAAAUUUCAGACAAUGCCCUAAACCCUGGUAAGGGAGUU